AUGUCACCUGACGACGUGCAUAAGACAGCCUUCAAAACCCACUCUGGCGACAACGAAUACCUCGUUAUGCCCUUUGGUCUUACAAACGCGCCAUGUACAUUCCAAGGCCUUAUGAACCACGUCUUUGAGCCAAUACUUCGGAAGUUUCUUCUGGUUUUCUUCGACGACAUACUCAUCUAUAGCAAAAGUUGGGACGAUCACCUCGAACACUUGGAUAUGGUUUUUUCUAUACUCCGACAUCAUCAGUUAUAUCUCAAGAUGUCUAAGUGUACUUUCGGCGCUACAAGAAUUGAAUAUCUUGGUCACUUCAUCUCUACCGAAGGCAUCAGUACAGAUCCCAUCAAGAUAAAAGCUGUGGAGAGUUGGCCUACUCCGACAAACCAGAAACAAGUUCGCAGCUUCUUGGAUGAAUCAACAGCUCUCGGUUUACUUAAGGAAGCACUUACUUAUGCACCUGUCCUCGCGUUACCAGACUUUACUAAGACAUUUAUUGUCGAAACCGACGCCUCCAACACUGGCAUUGGCGCAGUGCUCAUGCAGGAUAAUCAUCCUAUAUGCUACAUCAGUCGAGCUUUGGAAAAGCGCCACCAAGGACCAAAAGAGCCUAAAGUUCUUACUGGAACAGAAGAUCACUACCCCUUUUCAACAUAUGUGGUUGUCAAAAUUGAUGGGAUAUACCUUCGAAAUCGAGUAACUGGGUCUCAUCUACUUCACCUCACGCUUUCUCAGAUUCACCACGGAUUUUACAAAGAACUUAAGAUCUUGUGGGACACUGAUCCGACUCUUCAGAAAAUCAUCUCAGAGUUGGAGACUAAACCUUCAUCACACGCUUCUUACUCUUUCAUCAACGGUGAACUCCGACGCCGUGGCAAACUGGUGGUCGGUAAUAAUGCAUCGGUGAAGCUUCAUAUUUUUAAAUGGCUACAUGAUUCUGCAAUCGGAGGCCAUUCUGGUCGCAACUCAACUUUGCAUCGGAUCAAAACUCUGUUCUAUUGGCCUAAAAUGAGCUUGGAGGUUCAAAACUAUGUUCGCAACUGCUCCACAUGUCAACGCAACAAAUAUGAUCAAGCCGCCAAGCCAGGAUUACUCCAACCGCUUCCAGUUCCUGCAGGGGUUUGGGAAUCCAUCAGUCUUGUUUUCGUUGAGGGUCUUCCUCCUUCUGCUGGCAAACAUUGUAUUCUGGUAGUCAUUGAUAGAUUGAGCAAGAACGCCCACUUUCUCGCCCUAUCCCAUCCGUACACGGCACUAGACGUUGCGAAAGUUUAUUUAAACCAAGUCUUUCGUCUACAUGGCAUGCCCAAGGAUAUAACCAGUGACCGUGAUCCGACGUUCCUAAGUGAGGUCUGGAGAGAAAUGUUUCGUGUCCAUGGCGUAGACUUAAACUACUCUACUGCGUAUCACCCACAAUCCGACGGGCAAACCGAGGUCACUAAUAAGACUUUGGAAACGUACCUUCGCUGCAUGACUUCAUACGCACCGCACACAUAG